UUAGGUGUUUUUGUCAUUGAUACAACUAAAAAACGCACAUCAUCAAUUGAUCAUGAUGAUGAAUCAUUUUGAUAAUAAUAAUAUUGUUCCGGAAAAACCGGGCGAAGUGAUAUUACGUAAAUUAUUUCAUGAAUUUACUGUAUUAACUGAGAAAAAAAUCGAUACAAUUCUUACCUCUGAAUCAUUGGAAAAACCAUUAGCAAAAUGGUUACAACGUGGUGAAGAUCCAAUAUUUGAUCAAUUGUUAACUGCAUUUGGUACGGUAGCUGAACAUUGUCUGCCAUCACAAUUACGUUUAUUAUUCGAAUGGUAUCAACGACAAAUUGAUGCAACAGCCAUAUUUGCUGAAGAAAAUCAACGAAUAAUCAAAUCAAAUCAAGAGGCUCAAUUUUCAACAAAAUCAGGAUCAUUGACUAAAUCGAAUAUACAAUCAUUAGAUAAUUCGGAUAUUGAAAUCUAUUAUCUGUUGGAAAAACGUGAUCUUGCUGUUGAAUUUAUUUUUUGUUUAGUAUUGAUCGAAGUUCUUAAACAAUUACCAUUACAUCCCGGUUAUGAUGAUCUAACUAAUCAUAUUGAAAAACUUGCAUUCAAACAUUUUAAAUUUCGUGAAGAUGCACAAUCAAAUCCUAAUCUAGCUAAUAUUAAUAUGAUUGCCGAUCUUUAUGCUGAAGUAAUCGGUGUAUUGGCACAUUCACGUUUUCAAUCGGUACGAAAAUGUUUCAUGAAUGAAUUCAAUGAAUUACGAUCACGUGAUCCAGGUCCAAUUACAACACAUUCGAUUAUAUCGUUAUUGAUGGGAAUGAAAUUUUUUCGAAUAAAAAUGGUACCGAUUGAAGAAUUUGAAGCAUCAUUUCAAUUUAUGCAUGAAUGUGCACAAUAUUUUCAAGAAGUUAAAGAUAAAGAUAUUAAACAUGCGCUUGCAGGAUUAUUUGUCGAAAUUCUUGUACCAGUUGCGGCUACUGUUAAAAAUGAAGUUAAUGUUCCAUGUUUAAAGAAUUUUGUUGAACUUCUUUAUUCACCUUGUUUGGAUCUUUGUACAAAGAAAAAACAUUGCCUGGCAUUAUUUCCAUUGGUCACAUGUUUACUAUGCGUUAGUCAGAAAACAUUUUUCCUUACAAAUUGGCAUUAUUUUUUGGCAAUGUGUCUUGGACAUCUAAAAAAUCGUGAUCCAAAAAUGUCACGUGUUGCAUUAGAAUCACUUUAUCGUUUAUUAUGGGUAUAUAUGAUACGUAUUAAAUGUGAAUCAAAUACGGCAACACAAACUCGAUUACAUUCGAUUGUAAAUUCAUUAUUUCCAAAAGGAUCAAAAGGUGUUGUGCCAAGAGAUACACCAUUGAAUAUUUUUGUCAAAAUUAUACAAUUCAUUGCACAGGAACGAUUAGAUUUUGCAAUGAAAGAAAUUGUAUUCGAUUUAUUAUCUGUUGGUCGACCAAUGAAAAUGGUAUUAACACCGGAACGUAUGAGUAUUGGUUUACGAUCAUUUUUAGUUGUUGCCGAUAGUUUACAACAAAAAGAUGGUGAACCACCUAUGCCAAGAACAUUGGGUGUACUUCCUUCAGGCAAUACAUUAAGAGUGAAGAAAACAUUUUUGAAUAAAAUGCUUACCGAUGAAAUGGCUAAAAAUAUUGGUAUGAGUCAUUAUUAUCCUUUUGUACGAAAAACAUUAGGCGAAAUUUUACGUGCAUUGGAUACACAAUUUGGUCGACCAUUAAUGAUGACAUCAAUACAAAAUGUAAAAGAACCUGAUGAUAUGUUAAGUGGUGAACGUAAACCAAAAAUUGAUCUAUUCCGGACAUGUGUAGCAGCUAUUCCACGUUUAAUACCGGAUGGUAUUUCAAAAUCUGAUCUAAUCGAUUUACUUUCAAGAUUAACAAUAAAUAUUGAUGAAGAAAUGAAUGUUUUAGCAUUUCAAGCAUUACAGAAUUUAGUUGUUGAUUUUGCUGAUUGGCGUGAAGAUGUAAUCGAUGGAUUUAUUAAUUUUAUUUUACAUGAAAUUCAAGAUUCAAAUCAAGAUUUAUUAAUGAAUUCAUUACGAAUGUUGUUACAAUUGUUAACAUCAUGGAAAAAUACUGUUCAACAACAGCAGCAACAACAACAACAACAACAACAAACAAAUUCAGUAAUGUUAAGCAAUAUACCUGAAAUAGGUUCAAAAUCAUCAUUAAAUCCUUCAUUACAAGCAAAAAUGGAUCAAACAGCAAAUGUUUUAUAUAAUGUUGAAGGAUUAGCAUUAGUAAUGUUAUGUCAUUAUAGACAACCAAAUCGUCGUUUAGCAAGUUAUAUAAUUAAAGAAGUUCGUAUUAUAUCAAAUAUAUUAUUAUCAUCAACUGUGAAUAAAAUUUAUGAUGAACCAGUUGCAACAAUUAUUGAUGUUACAUGUCCAAUGAUAAUUGGAAAUUGUUUUCCAUAUAUUAGUUCAAAUGAACGUACAACCAUUAUGUCAAUGUCAUAUCAGGUUGAUUUACAAUGGAUUGCUGAACGUACAAACAAUUCAUGGAUAUCUGAUCGUAUUAAUAAUGAAAAUAAUAAUAAUAGUAAUCAACAAAAAUCAACAACAAAUAUAAUAACGAAUAAUAUUGGUAAUAGUGUUAGUGUUCAUCAACAAAAAAUAAUUGAUUCAUCAUCAAUAACAACUGGAAACAAUAAUCCAACCGGAACAAUCAAAUCACAAACAGAAUCUUUUCCAUUGGAUACUACAUCAUCAUUGAUAACAACAACAACAAUGACAAAUAAUUAUGAUGAUGAUCUUAAAUUGAAUGCAUGGAAUAUAUGUUUAAUGUCAUUAAUGGCUGAAGUGAUAAAACAUUGUCCAAAUGCAAUUGCUGCUGCAUGGCCAAUCGUACGACAACGAUCAAAUACAUUGUUUCAAAAUAUUGAUCCAAAUCCGGCGAAUGAUAAUCGUGCAUCAUCGAUUCUACGUACAACAUCGAAUCUAAAACGUUCAAUAUCAUCAUAUGAAAGAAAUUUUUAUCUUGAAUUAUGGAAAUCUUAUCUAAUGUUUGCCUGUAGUAUUGCACCAUCAUCAAUACCUGUUUCAUCUUAUUUAUCAAAUGUUAAUGAUAAUUGUCCAUCACCUGAUCCGCUUUCGGAAAAGUUAACAUCAAUUGAAGGUAAUCGUUCACCAAUAAUGAAUCGUGGUAGUAGUGCACAGAAUCUAUUCAAACAAACUAUUCCAUUACUAAGAGCUGAACAAUUUGAUCUUAGAAAUGCGGUUAUAUUAGGUCUUUCACAAAUCAAUCCAUAUGCAUUGCCUGAUUUGAUUGAAGAAUUAAUGCCUUAUUUUCGUGAAGCAAUUGAUCGAAAACAGGAAAAUCUACGACGUCGUAAACGACGGGAAAUGUUACGAGUACAAAUUGGUCGUCUAUUUAAAUUUAUUUCGGAAAGAAAAAUAUUUGCACAAUGUCCAAUUGGUUUAUCAUCAACAUUGAUUGAAUAUAUUGAUGGUGUACGAUUAUAUUUUGAAAGUGAAACAGAUAAAGAAUGUAGUACAAAUGAUAUUAAAGAAUCAUUUUGUCAUUUUAUCUGUAAUCUAAUCAAAAGUUUUCCCAUUGAAACAAGAGAAUCAAAAUUUUCUCGUGAAUUACGUCAUAAUUUAUUUAAUUUAUUUGCUACAUGGAGUGGUAAAUAUGGUAAUAUGUUAUUGAAUAAUAAUAAUCAACUAAACAAUCAUAGUCCUCGUCAUCAUAAUCAUCAUCAUCAUCAUCAUCAUCAUCAGCAACAACAAAAAAAUACUGGUCAACAAUUAUUGGAUUUUAGUUUUAUAACCGAAUUAGAAUUUCUAUCAAUACGUUCAAUGGCAACUGUAUUAUGUGCUGGACCAAUGUUUGAUUCGAAAAAUUAUCUUUUUGAUAAUUCAAAUCUUUAUCAAUGGUUAUUGAAUCUAUUGAAUGCAUCGGAAAAACGUAUCAAUGAUAUUGGAUUGGAAACAUUGAUUUUAUUAUUGGAAAAUAAUACCGAAGCUGGUACAUUACUUGAAUGGUUAAUUGAAUGUUGUUAUACAAGACCGGCAAAAAUUGCUGAUAGUUGUUUCAUUGCUUUAGCAACAAUAUUUUCUAUACGUGAAUAUCCAUGUGAUCGUUAUAUUGCAAUCAUUAUUGUUACGAUGAUCAAUGUUGCUUGUCCAAGAAUCGAAAUUCAACAAUUAGCAUUGCAAUUAUUACAAAUAUUGGAUAAUCGAUUUUUUUUCUCAACAAAUAAUUUUCGUGAUUAUAAUAGUCGAUUAUUACAGGAACAACCGAAAAAAAUAUCACCACAAGAAACAAAUGAUCAAACAAUAAAUAUUCAGAUUGCAACAACAACAAUUAUCGAUGAUCAUAAUCGUUCGGGAACAAGUGUAAAAGGUUUUGAACCAUUAUUAAUCGAUCUUUAUCGUUAUUCAAUGUUAAAUAUUUCAAAACGAAUGGCUCAACUACAUCCACAACUUACAAUGAUUGUAUUCAGUGAGAUAACAUAUCGUAUUCAAACAUCAUUACCAAAUGUUUGUCAUAAUCUUUUACAAUUUCUAAUACCAUGGUUAUAUAAUAUGCAAUUAGUUGAUACAACAUGUCCGGCAAAUGUUGCACAACAAAAUCCUGAUUAUUCAUAUUCACAUGAUGAUGAUGAUCAAUAUAAUUAUGGUUGGGGAUCAAUUGAAUCAACACAAAUGGUAUUGAAUAAUCUUCUUUAUAUAACUGUAAAAUUUGGUGAUAAUUAUCCGGAAGAAUUGGAAAAAGUUUGGGCAUCAUUAUGUCAAAAUCGUCCGGCCAAUUUAAAGAUAAUAUUUCGUUAUCUAUUUAUUUUGACUGGAUUAUCACCGAAUGAAUUAUUACCAUAUGCAAAACGUAUCGCUAUAUAUUUAGCACGUGCACAGCCUGAACGUGUAAUCGAUGAAUUGAUGGCCGAUUUACAGGCUGUUGAAUUAUUAAGUUUUAAUGCUGAACGUACUGAAGCAUUUCCAUAUUUUCGUAUUGUUCAUCGUAAAUGUUCGGCCACACAUCUUGAAGAUCAUGAAUCAAGUAAUAAUAAUUAUGGUCAUAAUAAUUCUACUUAUGCAAUUCAUCGUCGUACAACGAUCGGUACAGCACCGGGUAACACAACAAAUGAUAGUCGUGAUACAUCGACUAGUGCAUUAAUUACCGAAAUUGGUACAUUACAUACAAAACGUCAUAGUAAAGAUUUUCAUACAAAAUCCUAUGAUCAUGAUGCAAAUGGUGGUGGUACGAAUAAUAAUAAAUCAUCAAUGGAUCAAUAUAGAAAUUUUGAUAGCUUAAAUGGUAGUUCAUCAUCCGAUGAAUAUAAUGGUUCAAUUGAAUUACCAAAUGAUGAUUCAUUACCAAUGUCUGAUCGUUAUAUGAAACCAUCAACACCACAACCAAGACCAUUACCAAUGCCUGAAUAUGGUGGUUAUUAUGCACCAUUAAAAGAAUUAUUAAGCGGUAAAGAUUGUUCGAAUAAUAAUCUUAAUGUUCCUGUACAACAAUCAUUAUCGAAUAAUCAACAACAAGCGAUCGGUUUUCAUCGAUGUUUUCUUGCAUUAAUGUUGAUGAGCGAUGUCAUUACACAGGAUAUACAUGUUGAUUGGACGCCACAUAUACCACUUAUGUUACAUAUAAUAUUUCUUGGUAUGGAUCAUAGUAAAGCAAUCGUAUAUGAACAUUGUAAACAAUUAUUAUUGAAUCUAUUGGUCGCCUGUUGUAAACAUAAUGAUAAUCUUACUGUUGCAAGAAUUUUACUUAAAAAUCGUAUACAACAACAGAAUUUCGGUCUUUCCAUACAGAAUAAUUUUGUAUUUAAUUUUCAAUCAAAUAAUGUCAAUGAUCAAUCGAAUAAUAAUAGAAAUGGACAAAAGAAUCCAAGUGAAUUGGAUUUGGAUAAAAUUUUUACUAAAAGUAGUGAAAAUCUUGUAUCAGCAACAACAACAACAACAACAGUUACGAUUUCUGAUUCGGUUCAUUUGAAUGAUAUUCAAUUGAAAAUUGAUAAAGAUGAUUGUGAUGAUCAGAUGUUAAUCAACGACGACGAUGACGAUGAUGAUGGUGAUGAAGAGAAAUCAACUAAUCAAGGAAAUGAUAUGAAACAAAAUGAUUCAAUGGUGAAUAAUCGUCCUCAACGUUUUUCAUUAGAUUUUUAUAUAAAAACUUUAAUCGAUUUUAUAUCAUCAAAACGUGGUGGUCCAUUAUGGAAUAAUGAAGAUAUUACAGCUAAAGUUUGGUCAAUUCGAUCAGCUGAACAAUUAUCAACAUUCGCUGAACAUGUACUUUGUGUAUUCAAAGAAUCCUUACCAUUGGCUAAGAUUGAAAAUCGUUGGGCUGAUAUUGCAUUAUGGCAAGCAUUACAAUGUUCAUCAAGACAUUAUGCUGGACGUUCAUUGCAAACAUUUCGUGCAUUAAAAAUUCCUAUUAAUCGUUCAAUGUUAUCGGAUAUUUUAUCACGAUUAGUUGAAACCGUAUCCGAACAAGGUGAAGAUAUGCAAGGUUAUGUAACAGAAUUGAUGCUUACAUUAGAAUCAGCAAUCGAUACAUUAGAUAUGAAACCACGUUCCAUAUUGGAAUUGAUAAAUCAAUAUUUUCAUUUUGAUACUGAUUCAAAAGAUGAUGUUGCUGUUGUUGAAGAUACACAACCAAAUGAUAAUAAUGAAGAACCAGAAGAAGAACAAGAUUUUGAUUUGGAUGUUGAUCCACAACAACAAAGACAAAUGGUCAAUUGUCUAUAUCCGGCCGAAAGUUCAGCAACCUUAGUAGCUGGAACAAAUACAAUACGGCCAUCAAGAGCUAUGGCCAAACAGUUUAGAAAAGUUCCUGCUCGAAGUAAUACUUCAUAUUCAAUGUCAUUUCCAACCAGACGAUUUAAUUUUCUUGAUGAACAUCGUCCUCGUUUCUGUACAACAAAAGAUGUUGAUUCAUUCUAUAAUGAUAAUCGUAAUUCUAAAGGAAAUUCAUUGGCCAAUGUAUCUUUGGGUCGUUCGCAAUCAGCCCAAUCGUUAAAGAAUCCACCGGACGAAGAUGAUAAUCAAUCAUAUUCAUUAGAUGAUAAGAAUUCAAUGUUGGCACAAUUUUUCUGUAUUGGUGUCAUUCUAUUAGAAACUGAUUAUGAACAUGAAUUUUUAUUGGCUACAAGAUUAUUGGAUAAAUGUUUUCAGAAAAUGUCGCUAGAUGAUCCUGAAUGUCGAGAAAAAAUUGAAAAAAUUUUUAUGCAUAUUAAAUGGCCAAAUUUUCCCGGUGUUCAUCAAUUAUUAUUGAAAGGUUUAGCAUCGAAUCUUUGUUAUGAACCGACAAUCAAUCUACUUCAUAAAUUAACACCUUAUUUGAAGAUUUCGGUUAUCGAUCCGAAAAAUUCUGAAACAGCAUUCCCAUUCCAUGUUAUGGCUAUGUUACCAUAUCUAUUACAUAAUUAUGAUGAUCCGAAUGAACUUUGUAUUCAGGCUGCCGUUAGUUUUGCUGCCUGGUGUAAUGAACAUUCGAAUAUUAAUCUGGAAAAUUUGGCUACCGUUAUGACAUUGUAUAGUAAACAUUGUUUUAGUAAGGAAAAUUCACAAUGGACAAAAUGUGUUGUAAAAUAUCUUUAUGAUGCAUAUCCAGGGUCAUUUGUAAUGAUUAUAUCGUUUUUAGUUGAGGUUGCCGAAAAAGGACCAGCCGUAUUCCUUAAUCAUAUAUUAUCGAUUCUACAUUUUAUGCUCAAUUAUAUCGAUUUGAAUAGUAGCCGAUCGAUAAAUGAUGAUUUAAUGCGUGUAGCAAAUAAAUAUAUUGAAGGACCACAAUGGAAAGAUGCAUUAAAAAUAUUAAAAUUAGCUGUGACACGUUCAUCAAUAUUGGCUGCACCAUCAUAUUCAUCAAAUUCAACAUAUGCAUCAUCGAUCAUAUCGAGUAUCGUAUCUUGUGGUUCAUAUUCGGAUGGUAUCAGUAUGACGUCAAGUACAUUUAGUGAAAGUGAAUUUGGUAGCAGUGGUAUUAAACGUGAAUUACCGGGACGUACAAUGGAUUUUACUUUUGAUAUCAGUCAAACACCAAUUGUUGGCUCCAAAUUUAUUGCCAAGCGAAAAGCAAUGACCGAAAUUGCCGCUAAUCGAAAUGCUAAAGAUAAUGGUACAGAUUCGGCAAUCAGUAGUAUUGCUACAUCUGUUGAUAAUAAUAGUAAUUUGGUUGGUGAUCGUAAUGAAAAAAGUGACUUUAUUCUUCAUAAAUUAUUCGAUGUUCGUGAUACUUUUGCCAUUGAUAAUGGUGAUAAUGUCUCAAUAGCAAGUAAUGAAAAUUCGGCUACAAAUGCCGAUACAAUUGGUGGCAAUAAUAUAAAUAUUGAUCAUAAUUCUACAUUGAAAAGAAGUAGUCUAGUAGCUACACAGACUAGAAUUCGUGAACGUUUAGUCAAUCUAUUCAAUCGUUGUGGUAAACGAAUUGUUGGCCUACCAAAAUCACCAUCGGUCAUUUUUAGCCAAAAUAGUGAUGUUGGUAUUGAUAAUCAUAAAUCAUCGAUGGCUUCAUCAACUGAAGAUAUGUCGGCAACAAACAAUGAUGUAUCGGGUGAUAGCAAACAUGAUGAUACAGCACAUGGUGAAUUUGCCUAUUUCAAAGAAUUUGAUUUUCUUGAAUAUGAACUUGAAAGUCAAGAAGGUGAAAGUUUGGAUAAUUUUAAUUGGGGUGUACGACGAAAAUCAUUAUCAAAUCUUGAUAAUGAUGAUGUUUCUUCCAAUAAAACAAACAAAAUGAAUGAUGAAAUAAUAAAUGUUACUUUUGAACCAUCAUCAUCAUCGCCAAUCAAUUAUUCACCUCGAAUGUCAAAAAAUGAUGUAGAUGAAUGUUCAUCCGAUGAUGAAGUUGAAAGUGUUUCACCACUAUAUGAUCAUAAUCAGAUACAAGUAUUUAAUGAAAAUUCUACACAUUCAAGACCAGCUAGUCUUAUAUCACAUGGAUCAUCACAUAGUCUUGUUUCUGAACCGGAAUCAUCAUUAGUGAAUACUGUUUCAUCAUCGAUUAUAACGAAUCCACCGAUAUCUACAUUGAAUAUUGAAGCCGAAGAACAAUGUUCAACACAUUUUAUGCGAAUGAUUAAUGAUCAUUCAGGUCAAAUGAUGGUAAUGGCAAAUCAAUUGAUUGUGAAGAUUUUAAAAAAUACAUUCAAACGUGUCAUAUAUUUAACAAGAGAAUCAUGUGAAAUACUUUUACAGAAUAAUAAUUUGGAUAAUAAUCAAUAUGGUUCAGUGGCCAAUCGUUUUAUGGAUUUGUUGGAUAUAAUUUCAAUGCAAAAUGAUUUUCCAUUUGUUCAUAUAAGCGAACGAUUAUUCAUAACAAUGGAUAAUCUAUUGAAAGAACAACAAUUUGUUAUUAUGGGAUUACAUGCACAUUGGGAAACAUUUAAUGAGAAAAAAGAUCAACUUUAUAACUGUAUACAGGAAUAUAAGAAUUUCAAAAUAAACAAUCAAGAUAAUUCAUCGGCCAUUGAUUCAACAACUACAUUGAUUUCUAAACUUUGUCAACAUUUAUAUCGAAUGCAUUUUCAACUAUAUUUAUUAUAUGAAUGUUAUCUUAAAUUUGUUGAUUCAAUCAAAUCCAUACAGAAUAAUCCUAUGGUAAUCAAUUAUUCGAAUGAAAUUGGUGAAUUGAAAAAAGAUUUAGCUAAAUAUCUUGAUGAUGAUAACAAUAUAUCUGAUCAACAACAACAACAACAACAACCUUCGUUUAUGUCGAUUAAUAUAUCAUCGACUACAUCAUCAACAACAAUAAGUAAAGAAAAUGAAACCGAACUUCUUGAUCUAAUACAAACAAAACAAUAUUCACAAGCUGUAAAAUUUGUUAAAAUUUUAAAAAAUAAGAUACCUGGUAUGGAUUUAAACAAAGAAGAUUUAAUUGAAACAUUAUUAAACAUUUAUUGUCGAUCAAUAUUAUUGAUGCCGAAUAGUGUUGUUGAUGGCGGAAACGAAAACGAAUCAUCAUCACCAUCAUCAUCAUCAUAUUUAAUUAUUAUUGAACCUGAAUAUAAUCUUGCCGAUAUUAUUCGUCAAUUAAUGGAUACUAGUUUUGUUAUUUAUAAUAGUUGUCCAAAUAAUUAGAAAAAUUUUUUUACAAUGAUAUUUUUUUAUCCUGUGAAAAUAAAAAUUAAUGUGAUAUUCUUUCUUUA